UUGUAUUCUCUCGUUCGUCGAUCACCUGAAUUGUCCAGUUUGUCCUCAAAACCAUCACUACGUCCAUUUUUGUGGUUGUGUGGACGUCUGCUUCUGCUUUAUAGCAUGGGAUGCGCGUUUUUGAUGUUCGGUUUAGUGAAGACUAAGUACUGGAUUGGGAUUGUACAUAGAAAGCUCUGUUCCUAUUCUUAA